AUGGAGCUGGCCGUGGAGCCCCCUGCUGCCAUCGGCCGCUUACCCCAGUCUCCCGAGCCUGUCUUUCCUGCUAUUUCAGAACAGCCAUCCUCACCUCAGCCACCUAUAAUGCCUAUUGGAAAUUCGACACCGGAGGCUCCUAUAACCACAGCCGAGCCUCCCGCUGUACCUGGCCCCUCACCCUCGCCUCCGACCGAUCGACCCCAGUCGACCGCUGUAGAUGCGAUGGAAACCACUCCGCAAGCUCCUGAGCAACCAAAUACAGAGCAGAAUGCCACGUCUGCACCCGAACCAGCAGAGAUGGAUGUCGACCCAGUACCAGUACCAGUACCAGUACCAGCACCAGCACCAGCACCAGCUGCUGAUCCUGAAGAGCAACCACCAGCCCUGUCCAAUAUAGAACUCCCUACUGAGCCCACUGACUCCGCUUCGACCAACGACACCUCUUCUGAUGAUUCUACUCGUCCUACGUCAGAAGGCUCCGCUGAAUCCAAUGACUCUACAAGCGAUGAUGGGGAGCCAGAGGAAAAACCGGAGGAGGAGCCAGCAUAUUGGGCUGACAUUGAGGAGGACACGUCUGGGCCAGAUGAAGCUGAAUUGAAGGAGAUCGAAUCCGCAGAUGCGGAUUAUAGUGCGUAUGAAUAUAAUUACUGGGAAAAAACGUUCUAUAGAGAUCCUGAAGACCCUGAAUAUCAGCCUAGCGAGAAGGCCCGUCUCACAUGGCAGAUUCGUGGUGUACGCGGUACCAAGGAUAAGCCAAACCGGUCGACAGUCAUGCGUUCUCCUGCAGCGUACAUCGGCGGCCACUAUUGGACUAUCAAAUUCUUCCCGCGGGGUAAUUCGGUGUCGUCAUUAAGUAUCUACGUGGAAUGUUCUGCAACACCCCCCGAACCCGACAAGGAGAUCCCUGAAACCCAGUUCAAGGUUAUCAAGGGGGCGCCAGACGCCGAUCUGAGCACCCUUGUCCCUGCUGUAGAUAUUUCCAUGCCAGCGACGCUCGGCACCAAAGACACCGAGAAAAAGAAAGCCGCUUCUGAGGAUGAGAAGGAGAAGGUCGAGUCGAGCGUAGAAACUGUUGAGGUGUCGGAGACACCGACCAAGGAUGAUGCCAAGCCCGAGUCGAAAAAGGAUUGGAGGAUAUCUGCGCAGAUUGGUGUGAUUGUGUAUAAUCCAGACGAGCCACGAACGGGGUGGAUGCAGUCUUCUUGCCACCAAUUCAACCCCAAUAAUGUCGAUUGGGGCUGGACACAUUUCCACGGGCCUUGGGAUCAGAUACACAAACGCCAUCAUGGCCAGCGACAAGCCCUCCUGCGUAACGACACCCUUGCUUUUGAUGCGUAUAUCCGCAUUUUCGACGACCCAACACAAUCGCUCUGGUGGCACCCCAGCGAUAUGGAACCUAUAUGGGAUAGCUUGACGUUAACUGGCUAUCGACCCUUAGGUGACCCAAUGGUGAACUACAGCCACGAGGUCGCCGGCUUGGCCACCUGGCUAUUUUUGGCACCCUUCCGCGAGAUUAUCCAGAGCGUGGACAUUCUGGAGCACUUGACGAAUUCCGGGGUGAAGCCCAGGCCUCUGUGCGACGCACUUCAGCGAUUGCUGUGGGCGAUGCGGCAGGAAAGAGGAUCGAAUCCAUUGUACGUCGAUACCGACCAGGUGACAACGACGUUGCGCAAUCUGCACGAGUUUUCGGGUGAUGUGACGGAAUUCUGGGAGCGUCUGCGUCGAACCCUUGAGCUGGAGCUUGCUGGCACCGAUGCGGCUGAUAAAAUCUCGAAAAUGUUCGAUAGCCCGCGCGUCGAUAACGGAGAAAUGGCGGUAGAUGGCCAGCAGGCUAACUGUCUCCCACGGGAUACAAAUGGAAGAAUUCGGGUUCCUGUUAAGAACGCGAAGAGCAUCCAAGAAGCUACAAAACAGUAUCUUAGCGAGACGCCAGGCAAAUGGUCGCUGCCCUCUGUUUUCCAUAUAGAGUUGGCCCGACAAACUUUUGAUAAAGUGUCGCGUCAAUGGAAUAUGGUCUAUGAUCGUGUGAAGCUGGACGAAACUUUGGACCUCUCGGAUAUUGUUAUCGAUGGUCAAACCGGGAAAUACAGCAUUUAUGGCUUGAUCGUUCACAAGGGAACUCGAUCUUCAGGCCGCUUCUACAGUAUCCUCCGCCCUGGUGGCCCUAAUACCCGCUGGCUUGCUUUUGAGGAUGCCAGUGAUAAUAAGAUUGAGUGUAUGACUAAGAAAGCUGCAAUUGAUGGGCAUGAAGGCGCUGAGGGGGAGGAGCUGGAGAAGAUCGAUAAAAAUGGUAUUGACGUUGCCGUCAUCGCCAUCUAUGUCCGUGACGACGUUGUGCCGCAGUAUCUAACGGGAAAGAUUGAGCCGUGGACUGCGUCGGAUCAGUGCAAUCAUUAUUUCCAGAACAGUUAUUAUUCUCUUGACUCUGAGUUUAAGAAUUCUCCGACCUCCACUAUCCAGGUUGAGCUGUUUAGUUUGCCGGAUCUUUCUUCGAUUGAUAAAAGCAUUCUCGACUCUUAUGAUCUUAUGGAAGCCGCUAGAUCAGCGGGACAUUUUAUUAGCCUCUCUGUUUCGCCGUCAACAACUUUCAUUGAGCUGAGAAAGCAAAUUGCUGCUUUAAAAUCGACAGCCGAUAAGGAAGUAGAGGUGGGGAGUGUUCGAAUCUGGCAACUCGGUGCUAGGAAACCUUUAUUCCCUCCCACAUUACAUUUCCAAAUCAUUGAUGAUUGUUUUGAAGCAAUCAAAAACUUUGAAUUGAAAACACUUCGGCUCUGGUUUCAUAUCUUGUCUGAUGAGGAUGCUAAAACUUUUGCCCUGCCAGAGAAUGCGCCUGAGAAGCCUGCUGAGGAGCCUGCCGAGGAGUCUGCGCCUGAACCCAGCCAGGAGGCGCCUGAAGAAUCGCAAGCCGCUCAAGCGGAGUCGAAUGACUCGGAAAUGAAUGAUGCUUCGGCGGAAGAUCACGAGGCAUCUACGCGUCCAGCAGAGCAGACCUCUGAACCAGCAAACGAGCACAGUACUCCCCAGCCUGAAGCUCCUAGUCAAAUCACGCCUUCUGAAGAAGAACAGCAACCUCCCGCUUCUAGUGAUACCCAAAUGCAAGAUGCUGUUGAGACAGUGGAGCAAAAUGGCGGCGAUAUAAGUAAUGAAGCGGCUCUGAAUGAGGCAGCCAUCAGUGCCAUUAUUGCCCAGGACCUUCAGGACUUUGAUGCGAUGGAUGCUGAACCGUCUCCACCUGCUACACAGCCCGGAGUUCAACCGGCAAAUGUCGAUGAAGCUCAAACUCAACCAGAAGUAAUACCAACUGAGAACGCUGGUACUACUACUCCUUCUGAGGAACCCCCACAAACUGCUGCGGAAACCGACACACAGAACACUAUUGAGCCGGCAGCACCAGCUGAUGAUAAUGAUGCAAUCAUGGAAGACACACCGCUUCCUGAAGCUUCAGAGAAUUCUACAAAUGACCCCGCACCUGAAACAGAGGAUCCUGAAGAAGAGGGCACUGAACAGACAAUUACUGAAAACACUACACCUGCCUCUCAGCUUGUCCCUCUCUGUGCACAGGUGUAUUAUUUUGUGCAGAAGUUCGAUGCCGAGAAACAGGCUCUGAGCAGCGUGGGGGCAUUUUUUGCAAAGAAGGAGGAUAGCGUCCGGGAUGCUGUCCGCACUGCCCUUGGGUAUGAUGCAGAUAAGCAAUUCCUCUUAUGGCACCGUGUUGACGGAAUAUCUAUCGUGGGUAUUUCUCCAUCGGAGACGUUUGAGAAUGUGGUUGGUUAUACAGAUGGCGAUUGCUUCGUGGUUGGCGAAGUGAUUUCAAAGGCUGAGCGUACGAAGCUUGCUGAAGCAGGCCUGUUUUCUACGCCAGAUCGGCUUGUUUCUUAUCUAUGGGCCGUCUCUCGAAACCAUCCUACUAAGUCAUUUACCGGAACCAAGACCACCGAGGCCACGUAUAAUGGGGACUUCUACUCCGGUGAAUUCAAAAACGGAUACUUCCAUGGCAGCGGCACACACAUCUCCGAAAGCGGCGCUACGUACAACGGCAGCUUCGUCCUCGGCGAACGCCAGGGCACCGGCACCAUGGAAUAUGUCUCCGGCGACACGUAUUCAGGCGACUGGGCCGAAGACCAGCGCCACGGCCAAGGAACGUUCAUCGAACGCAAGACCGGCAAUAAAUAUGUCGGCGGCUACCGCAACGGGAAGCGCCAUGGCAAAGGCGUGAGCUACUGGGAGGUCGCCGACGAGGAGAUGGACCUCUGCCAGAUCUGCUAUAGCGAGAAUCAAGAUUCGCUCUUCUACACCUGCGGCCACGUCUGCGCGUGCAUCGGCUGCGCGCGACAGGUGGAAAUCUGCCCCAUGUGCCGUAAAAAGGUUGUUAAUGUUGUUAAGAUUUUCAAGAGCUAA